GCUGUGUUGCGGCGUCCCAGUGGAGGAAAGGCGGCAAUCGGUCGGAAGCGUCGAGCGGCUCGCAGGGGGGAAGAUGGCCGGGUAGGCGGCCGAGGCGCCGGUGAGCGGAGCGGGGGCCCCGGUUCGGGCGGGCGGGUGGCCGCGGCGGCUCCCCGCUGAAAGAGCUUUUUUUGGAAAAUGACCUCUCCAUUCAAUGGUCCCACAGCAGUUUCUGAUGUAAUUAAAGAUCUAGACACUCAGAUAGCUCUGAUUGGUUUGGGCCCACACAAUCCCAAGAAGAAGCAAGAUCUGGACAAGCUCUAUGAUCUGAAGGCUAAAGCUCAGCAGAUUAUGAACCAGUUUGGGCCAUCUACCUUGAUCAAUUUAUCCAACUUCUCCUCAAUCAAGCCAGAACCAGCCAGCACCCCUCCACAUAGCUCCAUGGCAAACAAUACCACUGUGGCGAAGAUGCCAGGGACCCCUAGCAGUGGCGGGCGCCUCAGUCCUGAAAGCAACCAGAUCUUAACUAAGAAGAAACUACAGGAUCUUGUCAGAGAGGUGGAUCCAAAUGAACAACUGGAUGAAGAUGUGGAGGAGAUGCUGCUGCAGAUUGCUGACGACUUCAUUGAAAGCGUUGUGACAGCUGCCUGCCAGCUUGCACGGCAUCGCAAGUCCAACACUUUGGAAGUGAAAGAUGUCCAGUUGCAUCUUGAGCGGCAGUGGAAUAUGUGGAUCCCAGGUUUUGGUUCUGAAGAAAUCAGACCAUAUAAAAAAGCCUGCACUACAGAAGCUCACAAACAGAGGAUGGCGCUGAUCCGCAAAACAACGAAGAAAUAAUGCUUGGGAAUGGCAGGGAGAUUAAAAUGGCUCUUCUGGGCGAGAAAUCUGCCUCAAGCUGUGGAGUCCCCAUGACGUCAUCCGUGGGAUUCUUUUUUAAGGCUUUGCAGAGAAGCGUACCUUUUAACUGUGCGGCAAUAUCUGACUUUGAGGGGAGACCUGCCAAAAGUCGUUAGGCCCUGCCUCUUCCCCCCACCCCUACCCCACAACAUAUUUCCCCAAGAGAACACAAUGUAUCUUGAAACACACAGACUUUAUUUUCUGCCUUCAGAGUGAUUCAUGGUGUAAGUGGUUGUCCAACGGACAGAAUAUUUUGGUAUUUUGGGGAACAGUAUUAGAAACAGCUAUAGAUGUUUUUUUUUAAAUUUCCCUCUUACUCUUUGUAAUGUUGCUGUUUAUAGAUAUUUGGAUUUGUUUUAUGAGCAAAGACAUUAUGACUCUAAAACUAGUUUGCAGUAUUGGCACGGGUUGCGAAAAAACAAAGGGCAUCAGGGCAAGAGCCAGAGAGAGAGCUGUUCAUUAUAGGUUGUUCAAAGCAAACAUCUCUUUUUCCUCUUUUAAAUUUCAAUAUGGUCCGUAUUGCAAGUCCCCUUUAACUCUUAAGGAUGCAAUGGACAUCCACUGCAUAGCAUCUGUGAAGUUCUGUGCAGAUGGUGGUUCUGUUGGAAAGCAUUGGUGCAGUUUCCAACACACAGGAGAUUGUUAUUAUUAUUAAACUGGCGGCAUCUGUCUUGUGAAGAGAACAGUCCUCAGUAUCCAGAGCACAGAUACCAAUCUGUGCUCGUACAACAAUUGGCUUGCCUCCUAUCUCUUCUUUUAGUGGGAGAAAAAUAUAAUUGAGAAUACUUGCCAGAAUACUUUGCUUUCAGUGAGUGUUCCAAUACCAAAAGCACAACUCAGGCUGAAAAUCAAAAUUGGUGCAAAACUGUUGCCUCAGACUUUCAUGGAAUGUGAAUGGUUUUUUGUUUUGUUUUUGUUUGUUUGUUUGUUUUUGCUGCUUCUGAAGCUCCUCACUUGCUGAAAAACUGCCCUCCUUCCUCACUUCCUCUUUGAUAGGUUGAGCUGUAGCAGCAGAAGCGUUGCACUCCCUGUGUUCUGAAGUAAUGAACAAGCCACCGCUGACCACACAAAUCUACACUUUUUGUGUUCUCUGUCUGUGUGCGUAACAGGUUUUCAAUAAGCCAUCCAGCAAUGGCUAUAGAAGCUUUCCAUUUUUAUGCAAGUUCUCCACUCAUUUAGACUACGGUAAUAAACAAGUACGUUAAUGUUCCCUGUUUUUUGAUAUUUUUCAUGCACUUUGCCCCAGGUAGCAUACAAUUUAGUGCUUUCCAUUAAAAGAAGAAAAAAUGGCAUCAGUUCAUAAAACCACAAUGCUUGCCUUUGUAGCAUGAGCCAUUAGGAAUAUUCCAGCGUGUCGUUUGUUCUUUUAAACUCCUGUUCUAAAAGACUAAAUCUCCAUUUGUGAAAACAAUCCAUCCUUUUGUUUCGCCAUGGGAUUAGCAGCCAAAUGGAAUCCAACUGAGGCAUAUGCCUAAACAAUCCAAAAUGAAUUCUGAAAUUGCACCAUGGAGGCAGACGAGGGUGGGGAGGGGAAGAACCUUUGCUGGAAAAUUGGCUGCAGUUAUUUUAUGUAUUGCGUCACUUGAAAGCAUCUUCUCCAUUAAACAACCAAUGACAA